GGCUGGGCCCGCACCGCAGGGCUGGAGGCCGGGAGUUUCCCGGUUACGGCGCCGGCAGCACCAGGCCGCCUGUGCUGUGGUGUCCUCCGGAGAGCUGCACCGGCGUCCCCAGCGGCCCUGCUCAGCUGCCAAAACAUAGUACAGAGAAAUAAUGGUCUGCUAGCCUGCUAAACAAGAGUCCAGCUUCCACAAUGCCUGUGCAGGCAGCUCAGUGGACAGAAUUUCUGUCCUGCCCAAUCUGCUACAACGAGUUUGAUGAGAAUGUGCACAAACCCAUCAGCUUAGGUUGCUCUCACACUGUCUGUAAGACCUGCCUGAACAAGCUUCAUCGCAAGGCAUGUCCUUUCGACCAGACUGCCAUCAACACGGACAUCGAUGUUCUUCCUGUAAACUUCGCACUCCUCCAGCUAGUUGGAGCCCAGGUACCCGAUCAUCAGACAGUAAAGUUGAGUAAUGUAGGAGAGAACAAACAUUAUGAAGUAGCAAAGAAAUGUGUUGAGGAUUUGGCACUCUACUUAAAGCCAUUAAGUGGAGGGAAAGGUGUUGCAAGCUUGAAUCAGAGUGCACUGAGCCGUCCAAUGCAAAGGAAGCUUGUGACACUGGUGAACUGUCAGCUGGUGGAGGAAGAGGGUCGGGUCAGAGCUAUGAGAGCAGCUCGAUCACUGGGAGAGAGAACUGUCACAGAACUGAUCUUGCAGCACCAAAAUCCUCAGCAGCUUUCUGCCAAUCUUUGGGCUGCUGUCAGGGCACGAGGAUGCCAGUUUCUAGGACCAGCUAUGCAAGAGGAGGCACUGAAACUUGUAUUACUGGCACUGGAAGACGGCUCUGCACUCUCAAGAAAAGUUUUGGUACUUUUUGUUGUGCAAAGGCUAGAACCAAGAUUUCCUCAGGCCUCUAAAACAAGCAUUGGUCAUGUUGUGCAGCUACUGUAUAGAGCAUCUUGCUUUAAGGUCACUAAAAGGGAUGAAGAUUCUUCUCUGAUGCAGCUUAAAGAAGAGUUUCGGAGUUAUGAGGCCUUGCGGAGAGAACAUGAUGCCCAAAUUGUUCACAUUGCCAUGGAAGCAGGACUUCGAAUAUCACCAGAACAAUGGUCUUCUCUUCUGUAUGGUGACUUGGCACAUAAAUCACACAUGCAAUCCAUUAUUGACAAGCUCCAAUCUCCAGAGUCUUUUGCAAAGAGUGUACAAGAAUUGACAAUUGUCUUGCAGCGCACGGGAGAUCCUGCAAACUUAAACAGGCUGAGGCCUCAUUUAGAGCUCCUGGCAAACAUAGAUCCAAAUCCAGAUGCAGCAUCUCCAACAUGGGAACAGCUGGAAAAUGCAAUGGUUGCUGUAAAGACUGUGGUACAUGGGCUAGUGGAUUUCAUUCAAAAUUACAGUAGAAAAGGCCAUGAAACUCCACAGCCUCAACCAAAUAGCAAAUACAAAACAAGUAUGUGCCGAGACCUUCGACAGCAAGGGGGAUGUCCAAGAGGAACAAACUGUACAUUUGCUCAUUCUCAGGAAGAGCUCGAAAAAUACCGCUUGAGGAACAAAAAAAUCAGUGCAACAGUGAGAACAUUCCCCCUUCUAAAUAAAGUUGGCGUAAAUAGCACCGUCUCAACGACAACAGGAAACGUCAUUUCUGUCAUAGGAAGCCCUGAAGCAACAGGGAAGAUGGUGCCAAGUACUAAUGGAAUAGCUAAUCUGGAAAGUGGGGUUCCCCAGUUGAUCCCUCGCUGUGCCGACACCUCCUUGAGAGCUUUGGAGAACACCAAGAAGGGAGGGAAAACUGGAGCUAAUGGCCAGAAUGUUUCUGGAUCCCCUACAGAAUCACUACCUGAGAAUAAAAUUGGUUCUCCACCCAAGACUCCUGUAAGCCAGGCAGCAGCUACCUCAGCUGGUCCUCCUAAUAUCGGAACAGAAGUUAAUUCUGUGCCUCCAAAAUCCAGCCCGUUUGUUCCCAGAGUACCUGUCUACCCUCCACAUUCUGAUAAUGUUCAAUAUUUCCAAGAUCCCCGGACUCAGCUGUCAUAUGAAGUUCCACAGUACCCACAGACAGGAUAUUAUCCACCACCUCCAACAGUACCAGCUGGUGUGGCUCCCUGUGUUCCUCGCUUUGUGAGGUCCAAUAACGUUCCAGAGUCCUCCCUCCCACCUGCUUCCGUGCCAUAUGCCGAUCAUUACAGUACAUUUCCCCCUCGAGAUCGACUGAAUUCUCCUUACCAACCUCCUCCUCCGCAGCCGUAUGGACCAGUUCCUCCUGUCCCUUCUGGAAUGUAUGCUCCAGUUUAUGACAGCAGGCGCAUCUGGCGCCCACAGAUGUACCCACGAGAUGAUAUUAUUAGGAGCAAUUCUUUACCUCCCAUGGAUGUGAUGCACUCAUCUGUCUAUCAGACAUCAUUACGUGAGAGAUACAACUCUUUGGAUGGGUAUUACUCUGUGGCUUGUCAACCUCCAAACGAACAGAGGACUGUGCCUUUACCAAGGGAGCCUUGUGGUCAUUUGAAGACUGGUUAUGAAGAGCAGUUAAGACGGAAGCCAGAGCAAUGGGCACAGUACCACACGCAGAAAACUUCUCUGGUAUCGUCAACCCUUCCUAUGGCAACACCAUCUCCAACACCACCUUCUCCUCUCUUCAGCGUAGAUUUCAGCACAGAGUUCUCAGAAAAUGUCAGUGAUUUGAGUGGAACUAAAUUUGAGGAAGACCAUCUCUCUCACUAUUCACCGUGGUCUUGUGGCACUAUUGGCUCUUGUAUAAAUGCUAUCGACUCAGAGCCCAAGGAUGUGAUUGCCAAUUCAAAUGCCGUGUUAAUGGAUUUGGACAGCGGGGAUGUUAAACGGAGAGUGCAUUUAUUUGAAACUCAGAGAAGGGCAAAGGAAGAAGAUCCUAUAAUCCCAUUUAGCGAUGGACCGAUCAUCUCCAAGUGGGGUGCAAUCUCCAGGUCAUCCCGCACAGGUUAUCACACGACAGAUCCUAUUCAGGCCACUGCUUCCCAAGGAAGUGCUACUAAACCCAUCAGUGUAUCAGAUUAUGUCCCUUAUAUCAAUGCUGUUGAUUCAAGAUGGAGUGCCUAUGGCUCAGAUUCUGCUUCAUCAGCACGUUACGCAGAACGGGACAGGUUCAUAGUUGCAGAUUUGUCUGGUCACCGAAAGCAUUCCAGCACUGGAGAUCUAUUGAGUAUUGAAUUACAGCAGGCCAAAAGUAACUCAUUAUUACUUCAGAGAGAGGCGAAUGCACUAGCCAUGCAACAGAAGUGGAAUUCUCUAGAUGAAGGCAGUCGUCUUACCUUAAAUCUUUUAAGCAAGGAAAUUGAUUUGAGGAAUGGUGAGACUGAUUAUACUGAAGACUGUGCAGACACGAAGCCAGAUCGAGACAUUGAACUGGAGCUGUCAGCCCUGGAUACAGAUGAACCUGAUGGGCAAGGUGAACAAAUAGAAGAGAUUCUGGAUAUACAGCUAGGUAUUAGUUCUCAAGAUGAUCAGCUGCUCAAUGGGACAACUGUAGAGAAUGGACAUCUGCUAAAGCAGCACCAGAAAGAAUCUAUGGAACAGAAGAGACAAAGUUUAGGUGAAGACCUUGUGAUUCUGGAGGAGCAGAAAACAAUCCUGCCCGUAACUUCUUGCUUCAGUCAGCCGAUCACAUCUGUUAGCAAUGCAAGCUGCCUGCCCAUCAGCACAGCAGUCAGUGUUGGCAGCCUCAUUUUGAAAACUGCUCACAUUAUGUCUGAGGAUAAAAAUGACUUUUUAAAGCCUGUUGCAAGUGGCAGGAUGGUUAACAGCUGAAAGGCAUUCAUCUUUCCAGCUUGUGACCACACCAUGGAAGCAUUUACACUAGCUUUUUAUAUAUAUAAUAUAUAUUAUAUAAUGUAUAUUUUUUUUAAAAGAAUAAUAUUGGGGUCAUGCAUUUCCUGUGGACUCUUUGAUACUUCAAGCCCCUCUCGCAUUAGCAUUCUGAAGAAAAAAAACUUACUUUCCUAGGGUAAGGCGUUCACUUUCCACAGAUGAAUGGAAUUUGGACAUUGUUUUACUUAAGCUUAAAGCAGCUUUUUAUGAGUUUGUAGCAAUCCGGUGCGGUAUCUGAGCCAUUCUUGUUUAAAAUGGCUUCUGUAGAAAACUAACAACUCAGUUAUUUAAACUAGCAGGAUCCUACGAUGAUACAUCUAGUGAAAGGAAGACUUAACUUAUUUGUCUCUAUUUUGUUUCAUGAGAGAAGAAUUCGUGUCUUGUUGCAGCUGCUUUUUCUUUAGUUGUGGAACUUUGCAUGGAGUAUUGUUUCCUGUUUGAAGACUGAGAGGUGGAGAUUCGGACUUGAGACUUUUACAGGGUUAACACACCGUUAGCUUUGCACUGCUACGUUAUUUGCAGGUCUGUGGUGCAGUGCUUUGCUGCAGCUUUUUUGUUUCCAUUCCCCCCCAAUUUCUGCUUUAGUAAUGUAGAUACACAUACACAGGCUACUUGUCCAAGUAAAGUUAUCGGAAGUAAACCAAGUGCCUAAGUCCUCCAGCUAAUGUGCUAGGUAUUGAUUUCCCCAAGUUAUACGUGAAAUGAUUUUCAACCAUUUUGAGAGGUUAUGCACUAAUGUAACAGCAAUUUUGGUUUUUCUCUUUUUUUUCUUAUUGAUAGUUCUCAACUUGGAGAUUAUAGAAUCCAGAUGACUUGGCAAAAAGUAUCAGGUGCUCUUGGCUUUCCUUUGAAAACCCUGUACGUAGUGUUUGCACUGACUAACAAAGAUGGUAUUGCUGUUUUUUGUACUGUUUUGUUCUUAAUUUAAACUAAGUAUUGGGAAUUUAAGGCGGUUGUAUUACCUUUGUUAAAUGUUGUUAAUCAUAAUUUUGUAUUCAGGUUUAAUUUUUGCUUGUUCAGUGGCAACUUAUUUUCAAAGACCUUGAAAAUACAAUAAUAGAGCAUUAUCUGACCUUCAGAGUACUGAAAAGCGUAUGAAUUUAUGCCCUGCUAAGGUGUGACUGAGAAUCAUGUUAGACAUGUCAACUGAAAAUUGGUUUUCAUAAAUACACAUGAAAUAGAACCUUGGGCAUAUAUUUUGUUCGUUUGAGAAGCUUAAAAAUCCACUCUUUUUUUUUCUCUUUUGGGAAAGAAAGCAGGACUCUCCCUCCUGAUGGUGACUCUCUUCUUGUUCGUCCUCUUCCUUUUCUUUGUGACAAGUUUUACAUUUUACUUUAUUUUACUUUAUUUUUCUUUUUUUAUGUUUUUUAUUAACUUCUGUGAAGUUGUUUACUCUGAAAAUUGUACUGGAAUAUUUUAAGCCAAGCUGAUCUUUCACCAGGUGUACUGCAUGUAAGGGCUUUUCCUGCUAGCAAAAAUGCUUAAAGAGGAUCAUGUUACUGGUCGUCUGAGUUGUUAUUUUACAAAAUCACAGCUAUGUGGUCGGGUAAGAUUUUGAUAACUGUUUUGUGCACGCUUCUGGGGGGUGGGGGUUGGCAUUUCCCUGAGGGUUACUGAUUAGACUAAGUAAAUAUUGGUGUUUGAUAUCUCUCCUAAUGAACCUGUCCAUGAGAUAAUUAUGUUGUAAAUAUACCUGAAAAUCCAAGGGUUAGUUUUGAUAUUCUGGUGUCAGUAUGGAAGAUCUUACACAUCUAUUUAAUACUCCAGUGUAAAGGAAUGUAUGUAGAAAACCAGUUGAGUAGUCUUUUCUUAGUUUCCUUUGGCUGUUGCAGUACCUUCCUAUAGCCAGUGCCACCUCAUAGCUAGGAUUAGACUGAUGCUUUGUUUCACUUGCAACUUGAAGUGAAUGGACACAAAAACCAGACCACCUUUGUCACCUUAACUUAUUUCCUAUCGAUGUUAACUUUAACUUAGAAUGUUAGACAUAAAUAUGAUUGUUGUAUAUUUUAUACCAAGGCCAUUAUGUAAAUAUGAAUUUAUAUUACUUUUGAAAUGCUUCUGAGAUACUAUUAUUUGCUGUACAAUGUAAUUCCAAAACAGAUAUGCAAACAAGUAUGUCUCUUUCAUGGAUAUUUAAACAGUGAGAUCUUCCAUGUUGAAGGUGAUGUAAUUUUUUUAAAAGAUUUUUAAAUUUUAAAUUGCUAUUUUGUUACAAAAAUAGAGAAAAUAUAAAGGUUUGAGAAGUCCUUAUUUGCCCUCAGGGAAAGAGCCCUCUGUGCACCAGAACUCCACAGAACAUCUUCAGCAUGAUCUGAGGGUGAAUAUAUACUACAUAAAUUGAUUGUGUAUUUACCUUAACUUUUUAAUUUUAAAAUUGCAACUUUAAAAACUUGGUUGUGCUCUGCUGGAGGGGGGUUGGGAUAAGCUGCUUACACACAUUUGCCUGUUUGUCCAGUGAAAUUACAUAAGCCUGACAUAUUCCUGCUAACCAGACUGGCAUAUUUAACAACAGAUGUAUCUAUAUAUACUCUUGUCUGCAGCAGGAGGUCCCAUGAUGGAGCAGUUUGCUAGGAUGACCAUACACUUCAUAUGGAAAGUUGGUUCUUAACUGAGGCUAGGGAGUUUUAGUUGGAUUUUUAAUAUCUAGAAUGACAGGCAAAAGAAUUCUUUAGGGAUUUCAACAGCAUGCAAGCUUUGUCUUAACAGUUUUAGCACUGAUUGUGUGGUUUACGCCAUGAAAUUGUGCCCUCCAGUGCCCUGACAGGGAGAAAGCUACAGGUGGUAACCUAGCUCGGGCUUUCUUCUUUGGUGAAGUUUCAGCCUUUGACCCUAUACAAACAAGUAUGUAUUCAUUUGUCUAGAUGUAAAUCAGGUGCCUUUGGGCUACGGAAGGGCUUAUUUUCUGAUGCUGAGAUACAGUGACUUAUCUUUGUGUGUGAAUAGCAGUGAUUCCCAUGUAGGUUUUGGCCUAACUUAACCUGUGCUGUCAGAAAAAAGGCCCAUAGCAGAAUGGGGAAAGAGAUUGGCUCUUUUGCUUUGCUUGGACAAGCAUUUUGGGUUGGUUUGGUUUGGUUUUUGGUUUGGUUUGUUUUUUUCCCCACUAGGGGUACAGCAGGGAUUUCACAUGCAAGAGAUACAGGAAUUAUUAGUGUCUAAGUUAAUUGUGUUGCCUCACUACCUGGAUUCAUUCCUUGGUUUGCCUCAUUUCCCACAUAGGUCUUAAUAGAGACUAAUGCUUGUGCUGGGAGAAUGCUUGUGUGAGAAAGUAAUUAUCUGUACAUUCUUAACAUAUACUUAGAGCAGAGUGAUUGCCCUGCUACUGAUAUUUUGUUCCUGUAAACAGGUGACAAGAAAUGAAUCUUAGUGUUUAUGCAGAUUUUGCAUUGUAGAAUGUAUACUAGACCCUUCAAAGGAAAGGUUAGACUCUUUGCAAAGCAAACUGGCGUUGGUUCUUGGUAGUCUAGUACAGGGACACUAAAGUUUGACAUUUGAUUUAGGAAAAAAAGCCCAAGUUGUACACAGCUGAUUAUGUUAAAUAAGCUCUUAAUUGCUCUUCAUAGAAGUCUAAUUUGGGAGGUUUUAGUGCUUUGAUAACACAAUUGAAAUCUUACUUUAUCCUGUACUCGAGCUGAAUGCUGUUCUUGUAUAAUAGUGUACUAGGCUGGAUGAGGUACAAAAUAAUGCACAGAGGUCAGAAACAGCUGAGGAAAGAAUGCUUAAAAUAACUUAAUCUAAACUCAGAAUAGUUCCAAACAUUGGUUUUGUUUGCUUUUUUAAAGCACAAGUUGUCAAGUUGUACCUGUUGCUGUACAUAAACACUGUAUGCCAGCAGCUCCUUGAUCAUAUCUGUGAACAGACUUUACAUUAUUAUUAGACUGUUAUUAAAGGAAGAUGUUGAAUUUGAAGAGUGUAACAAAAUGAGAAAUGAUCGGAUUAUCUAUAGUAUGUAAAAGUCCAUUUGUUAUGUUGUAGUUUAAUCCCUUUCUUAGGAAAUUCCCUCUCAUUGAGGGACCUCUUCUGCAAGCAGAACACAAUAGAUGUGCUUUUUUAAAUGACCCCAUUUUCCAGUAUAAAGGAAGAGCUAACUUUGGCAGUAAGUCAUCACCAUGCAUCUCUCUGCUGGCAAGGGAGCACGGCAAGAAAAGAAACCGAACCCCAAACUGGCAGUGAUGAGAUGAAACAAAUCUGAAUCACAAAAUGACCAAUAGCCGAACAUAAUUAUUACACCCUGUUAUUUAAGAAGGAUGCUUGUGGAAGCUUUUAAUCACUCGAGAUUUCGCUGUCAAAGCUGAACUACAACAGAGCCUGGCUGCAUUUAUUACUGCCAAAAGCCAAGGUCAUUUGCACAUAGCCCAUCAGUGUAUCCAGGGUAGGUCUCAGUUAAUCCAAGGCAUGGAAGUGCAUGCAUUUUCUUAGCUGGGCAAACAAGUACAUUAUACAGUAGUUGUGAUACAACACAUGUGGCUUUUAUUUGUACUGCACAUACCCACUGUACAGCCACUCCGAAGUAUCGUGGUUAGCUUGCAGCAUCUGCUGUCCGCAUUUAUACUGUUUACUGCGUAUUCUUUUCCCUGGAAGUUUUAAAGAAAAUUGGGUUUUUCUUUAUUUUUUUUCUCUUGUUGCAUUGAUUACAUUUUAUAAAUUUGCUUAGCUGGAAAGUUUGGGAAAAGAGGCCUGUUUGUCAAUUGUACAACCGAUUGUGAAGCUCUAGUGUGAAUAUUUUUACGUCUGUAUUAGACAUUUUCUUUGCAAAUCUAUUGUUCGAUUGAAAUGUAAAUGAAAUAAAAGAUGGUGUACACCCAUCAUGUAUAAAGCAGGCACCAUCGCUACGAUGGAUUUAAUGCUCAUUUUUAUGGCGCAUUCUCAGCUUCUAUUUAAAACUAUAAUUUAAAAAAAGAAAAAAAAAUCUGUAAAAUGAAAUGGGGUUAUAUGGGGGAGUAAAUUCUAUUCCGUUUAUCUCGGGUUGAGUUCCCAAUGGUCGUUUCCCUUCGUGUUAGAGGUAGGGGCGGGCGGUGCCGUGUGUGUUUGCUGUAGCACUGAAGUGAAGAGGUUGUAUAGCUUUGGCUGGUCACGGAGUAGAGCAUCCUGGUUUUCAGUGUUUGAGAGACUCGGUGGAAGAAGUUUGCAGUAUUGACAUGUAUUUGCAUGCACGAAUAAAAAUUAUUUGUCCACCUUAA